AUGCAGAAUCUAUCAACCAGCCUCUUCUCUCCCUUGGUUUCAUCAGCCUGGCCUUACGCAGGAGAUGAGCCCGAGUGUAGGGCAACCGAUGUCCCCUCUAGUGAACUUGGACUUUCCGCCUUUCUAAAUUCCACCAGUACGAGCAGUCUUUCAUUUCCCUCAAGUUUGUUACCCAGCCUUCCUUCGUCCAUGCUUGACAGACCGGUCGGCGAGUCGCGACUGACCGAGUCAUCUGCUGUGACUCGAUCCAGCCUUGAAAUACUGAGUAAACAACUUGGUCUCCGAGACGAUCUUCUCCAGACUGCCGCGCAGGUGACGCUAUCUUCAUUACCUGCCUACCCAGCUACUGUUAGUAUUGGUGCAAUCAGUAAAGUUAAUAGUAAUACUGAAACUUCCAGCCUGAACGUAAUGUCCGUAGCAGGACAUACGGGAAAUGGCCCUCUUUUCCCACCUGCCCAACAAGUUGCCUUCCUUCGACAGUCACCUGCCUGCCAGCCGAGAACGGAAGAAAACUCACAUGCUGAAAAUAUUUUCCACCUGCGCCCCAUGACCUCCCUUUCUCUGCCGAUGCCUCUACUAACUUUGCCAUCAACGGGACUGCCAAUCCCCUUGAGCUCCCUGACUCCUUCCGCCACUCAUCAGUUCGUUCCAUUGGCCACUGGGCCGCCAACAGCAUGGUCCCCGGUUGCUUUAGCUUCAGCCGCAGCCGCAUCCGCAGCAACGGCUACAGCUGCAGCAUCGACUACGGUAGCCUCCAGUCCAGCAAUAGGGACAACCAACUCAACACUUCGUCUCGCCGUCACAGACCUAUCUCUCUCU